CUGGAGUCAGUGGUGAGAUCAGAGUUCAUCAGGAGAAGCUUUGAAAAGUUUUACCUGUUUUUACUGGAAUAAAUUUUUUAAAAUGUGCAGGCCGAACACAUUGCAGCUGUUGUGGUUCUACCUCCUCCUCCCCUCGUUGCUGUGUGUCAACCUGCGAUGCUACUACAGCCCCAUCCUGGAGAAGAAGCACACAUUUCAGCUCAUUGUGACGGAGUGCCCUCCCAAUGAGCAGUGCUUCAAGGCAGAAGGCCGCUAUGGCAACCACAGUGCACUGUCGGCCAGGGGCUGCAUGGCGAAGAAGGACUGCAGCCAGGUGCACGGCCUCAGCAUCAGAGGAACCGUCUACACCAUGAGCUACAGCUGCUGUGAUUCUCCGUACUGUAACUCCUGCCUGGGCAUCAAAGCCAAGCCCUUCUACGUCACUGUAACACUCCUGAUUGUAGCUGUGAUGACCAGCAGCUUGUGACUAGAGACACCUGAAGCGCUAUAUAUAUAUAUAUAUUUUUUUUUUAAGGGUUCAUGUCAAGGGGGGGAAGCUGUUUGAAGUCUCUGCAUCGAGUAAUGCAAA